GCCGGAUUUCGACAUCGGUGGGGGCGAAAAGCUGAUUGAAAUGGACUCGUACAGUGAAGAAGAUUUAUUGGGAUGGUUGUUUAAAGAUAACUUGCAAAAUAUUGAAUUUGUUGAGCUAAACAUUGCUCCCGAAAAUCCUGGAUUGGCACCACAAACGCAGCCACAAGCCCCAUCUCAGAUUCCGUUGGCACCCAAGCCGGUUGAAGUUGAAAGGCCUACAGUUUCUGGGCUUCAAAAAACACAGAAACGAUUUAAAACUGUUACCUCAGAAGAACUGAAAGACCUGCAAGAAAGUCGACAGGCUAAAUCAACCAAACAAAACACAAAGUGGGGAGUCAAAGUUUUCCAAGAAUGGUGUAUGGAAGCCCUGGAUCAAGUAUUGGAUUUCGCAACUACUGAAACAGAGGAAUUAAACAAUGUUUUGGGUAAAUUUUACGCCGAGGCAACCCCAAAAUUUUCCGAAAAAAGAGGCAAGGAAAUGUCAACUGCCCAGUCAAAAGAGUAUCACAAAAAUUCAAUGAAAAACAUAAGGGCAGCAAUCAACCGCCACAUUCAUGAUUUAGAUAGGGAUAUUGAUAUCGUUCGCGAUAAAGAAUUUAGGAAGGCGAAUGAAACUCUUGAUGGAAAAUUAAAGAAAAACCUCGAAAAAGGUCUCUCUCGUCCUACAAAACAUAAACAGAUUAUAACCAUGAAUGAUUUGGAAAAGAUAAAUUCUUACCUGUACUCAUCUGAUGAUCCAAUUAUCCUAAGAUUCCGUGUGUGGUAUAAUAUUGCUAUGCAUUUUGUGACCCGUGGGAUAGAGUUUCAUCAACAACUUCAGAUAAACUCGUUUGAAUUCCUUUUUGAUGAAAAAAAUCGUGAAUAUGCCUGUUUAUCACACGAAAUGAAACAAAAAAAUUGGCAAGGCGGAUUAGACUCUGGAGAAACUAUGAAUGACAAACGAAUGUAUUCAUGUGAAGGCGAUCGCUGCCCAGUUGCUUCAUUGAAAUUGCUGAUUUUGAAAACUGAUCCAGAUGCAACUUCACUUUUCAAUCACAUUAAUAAAGAUGCGUUGUCGUCCAAAACUCCGAACAUUUUACAACUAUUGUACACUAACAAAUCGGUCAAAUCUUACCAAUUCACAAGAUUCAUGGCAGAUGUGUCGAAAAAUGCCUCCUGUAGUGUAAUGUACACAGCUCAUUGUCUCCGGGCAACAGCGAUCCAAGCAAUGAGUGACGCUGGCUUCGAAAUCCGGCAUAUUAUGUAUAUGAGCGGUCACCGGAAUGAGGCGUCUGUACGAAGAUACAGUCGGGACUGUUCUACCCUCCAAAAGAAAUCAAUGAGUGACACACUUUCAACUCUAUCCACAGGACGCGCACCGCCACAGACUGCGAUGCCAAUGCCGAUGGCUGUACAAAACAAACCUGCCAGUGUGAGCUCAGUUUUGGCGGCUCGUGACACUCCAAACGUAAACACUAUGAAUACCGCCUUAUCGUCAAACAACUUCAUGUCGUCUGGGUUUAUUUCUAACUCCUCUUUCCAUAACUGCACAUUUCAAAUCAAUAAUCCACAGUAAACUGUUGUUUUUGGAAAAGAGUUUACCUGUCUCAUAACAUUCCAAUGACGUAGCUGCCAUGACAGUUCAUUCAUUCUCUCUGACGUUAUGUAUUCAUACACCACGUUGUUAUUGUUAAUAUAAAUAAUAUAAAAAGUUCUUUGAGCCUUAUUUUUGAUAGACAUUUAUUUAUAAUGAAUGGCAAUAAUUUAUUUUGAAUUUAUUGAACCAUAAAAUUAAUU